CGCAUGUCUACUUACCCGUUGACCCGCAUCAAAAAGGAAAAAUGGCGGGGACGUAAUUCUGACAUCGAACUUCUUACCGUUUUAAAUGUUAUGCAGAUAGACUUUAACCCAAGAAAAAAAUAGAAUGGCGUAUGAAAAGAUGGAGGACGAAAGAAAGGAUGGAACAUCUCUGUAUGACAUCCUUUUGGUGGACAAAGAUGCCACACCAGAUGAAAUCAGAAAAGCAUAUAGAAAGAUGGCUUUAAAACACCACCCUGAUAAAAAUAGAGAUAAUCCUGAAGCUACCGAAAAGUUCAAGGAAAUCAACCAUGCACAUACUAUAUUAUCGGAUCCUGGCAAACGAGAGAUAUAUGACAACUAUGGGAAUAUGGGACUUUACAUAGCAGAACAAUUUGGUGAAGAGAAUGUUAAAUUGUACUUUAGAUUGAAUAGUGGCUGGUGCAAGGCCUUAUUCUUCUGCUGUGGUGUCAUAACCGGAUGUUACUUCUGCUGCUGUUGUUGUUUUUUCUGUUUCAAUUUCUGUUGUGGGAAAUGUAAACCAAAUCCGGACGAGGACUGGCCAGAGGAUAUGGCAGCCUACGAAGAUGCAAUGAAAGAUGAUGAAGACUCCUCAACACCAAUCACCACGCAGCCUGGUUUGAACGAAGAGCCUGAGGCUACUACAGAGGAAUCCAAGUCCCCCAUUGAUAGUAAUAACAGCAAUAGCACAUCAAGUACCGCUAUUCCAUUGCCUUCGUCAUGAAACAGCUCUAGAUUUGAUUUAACGCUUCAUUGAUGAAGCAAAUGCGGUGAAAUUCAAUUCACCUCAAUUAAUAGGACUUUUCGUAAUACAACAAGAUGUUAUUCGUGGGAAUGUGAACAAAUUGAAAUCGUUGGUGAUGGAACACUGCACAUACAUAUGGAACCCUGUGUCAGUUUGGUGUGUGUGGAGGCUGAGUACGAGAAUCUGCUACCAGAUAAUAUGCGUGAUAUAUCACGUGAUAUUUAUGGCAUGUUUAAGGAAAUUGGUUGACGUUUCACAUCUUGAAUUCAUUUGCGCGGGCUGGUCACGUGUUUACCCUACCAUGUUCGAGUACAAGCUACAUACUUUUUUUCUAUACAAUUGAACCCAACACUAACCCCCUUAGAUGCGCCCUACAGACCACUAAGCUUUUACAAGCGUCGUAAAAUUCACGUUUCUUGCUUUCCAAGAUGGCGGUAGGUUGUCACGUGACCUACCCGGAUUCCUUAUUCUAUUAUAUGUUGCUAUGACAGCAUAGCCUUCCCGUUAUGAUUAAAUUAGGUUAGAUAUUUUCAAUAGACAGACAUAGACAGACAGACAGAAAAACCAUGCACAAACAAAAUCAAAGGCCAUUCGUAUGUAACUACUGCUUCUUGAUACGACUACGACCAGAAUCCUUUUUGGCUCAUACCUGGCCUUAAACUUGGAAAGAGAAUAGCAAAAAUAAAUGUUUUUACUCAUCCAGUUAUGGCAGCCAUGACGUCACAUGCAGGCGAAAAAUAAUCGAGUAGCAUAAAUGGCCGAAAUGAUUCAGGUAGAGUUUGUAUCUAGCUACGAAUUCCCUUGAGAACUUGGUGAUAACAGAUUUGCAGCUUCGCUCGUUGGUUUCGCCAUUUCAAACACAAUGCAGGGAAACUUGUUCAUUUAGGAUUUUUCAAUUUUAAUGUAUUUUCUCUAUCUUUAGACGAUAGCUUAUUACUAUUCAAACUUGUAUUAGCCAAUCCGAAUUUGAGAAAAAACUGGCUCGAGUUGGCAUUGGAUCGUGGGACUGUUUUCGGGCCAUACGUUUACCAAGAUGACGUAAUACGCCCCCAAAAAUUCCCACGAUGCACUGCAAUUCCAACUGGAUCCAGCUUUUUACUCAACCUCAGAAUGGCUAAUAGAUGAAAGUGGGACAGCAUCGAGACAAGAUGGCGGUCUAACCUCAACAGUCAUCCCCAGUCGCCUCUCGUUACUGAUAGCCGAGACAAAUUGGUAAACAGUAUUUAUUUUUUCAAAACUUUUUUUGUGGCAGCCAUCUUGGAUGUCGUAACUAGAGACUCGGGUUUUAAUACUACGUGUCUACAGUUUUGUCAUCCAAGAUGGCGACUGUCACGUGAUCUUACAAAAACGUAUAUAUUGAUGGUUGCAUGCAUUCUCAAGAGAGUUAAAAGACAAAAACAUGGYGGCCAUUGUGGUGCCGUUAACAAUUGAUGCUGAUUAAAAAUCUUUUGUUAAAUGGCACCAACGCUCCCCCGAGAGGCCACGAUGACGUAACGUGCAAUCGAAGAAAUGAUUAUCAUAUUUCUUGGGCUUUAAUAUGAGAUGCGAAUGGGAAUGACUAGGCUUGGACGAACGGUAGCGCACAACAUAGAAUUCUGGCCAGCGGUAUUCAUGCGAGUCGCAUUCCAUUACUAAGGACAUCACACCAUUUCCAACGACGAUGCAAUUCGUUAUUCGAUUUCACUUCUGCAACUAACGUUAAAGAGUUGAACACGGUACAAUUUGUUUACUUGCGCGAGAGAGUUUUAGAUUGUAUACCAUAUAUCUGUGAAUAAGUUAAGUAGCAAAAUUGUAUAAAAUAGUGCAAAGUUUUGUAGGUCUACGGUCUACUGAGGUCUACUGAACUUACUAAUUUGUCGUGCAAUAGACCCUUUUCGAGUUCCAAAUUACUGCUGUGUUCCUUGAUUGCAGACUCAUUCACUCAGGCUUAGCCUCCGCGAUUUUGUGUAGUCCGUCGAAUUUCAAGUGUUUGUAUUAUUGGAGUUGUGCAUUCUUUAUUUUACCGUUGGUAUUUGUGAAUAUUUAAACAUGCGUGGCUAAAGCCUGGACAAAUGAGUCUGUAAUCAAGGAACACAGCGGUAAUUUGGAACUCGAAAAGGAUCUAUUCCUUGUUUUCACGGAUUUAUGGCAUGCACUCUAUCGUUUGCCCAGCCUUUAUUCAUUCUUAUAAUUUAUAAUCUUAAUUUUUUUAAGAAUUUCAAGAUAAGAGCAUAAGUAAUAGCUAGGGAUAUCAAAAAUAGGAGCAUGACUGAUUUAAUAUUCACUCUUAUAUUAAUAAUUCAAUAUAGAAACCAUCCACGUGUUCUUAAAAUUGUUGAAUUCGAUUUCUAUGUAAGUACCUUGGGAAAUAAAUUAUAGAAGAAUGUA